CUUUGUUUCAGUGUUGAAAAUGAAAUCCUUGCAAUGCCAAGCGACAGCUAGCGGAAUAUAGAGUUUAGUUAACGAAAAUGUACUUUUAGUAGUCGAUAAAUAAAUCAAAUCAAUUAAGUGUCAACUAAGAAUACUAUUAGAACGAGUAUCAACAUCCUUUGGUUUGUGAGAAGAAAUUACUAUUUUCAAGAUGUUCCGAAAUAAGUUAGUUGCGAUCGCUGCUGUGACGAUAUGGCUGACUCUAUCGUACACUACGGCUCUCGAGGAUUUCAAUUUGACGGAUGCUGAUGAUGAUUAUAUAACGGUGUUCAACUACAAUGGCGAAGAGGUUUAUAUAACGAAAGAACUUAUGAAGAGAUUGAACCAUGAGUCAGAGACAUGGCACUGGAGGCCCUGGCUGAGGACGAAGACGGAGGUAGUCGGAAAUAUCAUGCAAGAAGUGGAACGGUCGAGUGAGGACUCGGUGAAUAGUUUCCCAGUUAGUAUAUUCGAUGACGAAGAACUUCGAAGCGGUGCGUUCGUGUUAUAUAUAAUGUUUGGGAUCUACUCCUUUACACUAUUGGCGAUAGUGUGCAACGAUUACUUCAUACCUUGCGUCGAAAUGAUAUGCGAGGAUUUAAAGAUACCGCAGAACGUAGCGGCAGCUACUUUUAUGUCAGUAGCAACUUCUUGUCCUGAAUUCUUCGUGAACGUGAUCUCAACAUUCCUCACGCAGUCCGAUAUGGGUAUAGGCACCAUCGUCGGCUCUGCCAUAUUUAACUUGCUGGGUGUCGCAGCUGUAGGCAGUUUAGCGGCAGUGGCGCCAAUAGCGAUCGACCGCCGUCCCGUAACGAGGGAUGUGCUUAUCUACAUGAUCAAUGUUGGCGUGUUGGUCGCCAUCGUUUGGGAUGGCCAAAUCGUCUGGUACGAGGCGACGGUGCUUGGCGUUUUGUACAUCUGUUACUUCGUUUUCAUGUUCAACAGUAUGAAAAUAUUUAACUUGAUUGAUAGGAUCACAGCUUCUUGCUGUAACAAGAACGGAAAGUCAGAAUAUGUAGUAUCAAUAGACGGGAAGCCCGUGGAGGAGGGCGUCGAUAACAAGGGAUUCAACAAUAGUGACGCUCAAAUAAAUAAUGGAACGAAUAAUGAAAAGAUGUCAGUGGAGAAAGUGGAAAUCGAUGAAACACCAAAGAAGAGUAUUUUUACAUUCCCGAAGGGGAAGUCAAUUAUAUACAAGAUCUGGUGGCUGUACACUUGGCCACUGAAACUUGUCUUGGGACUUACAAUUCCGUCACCGAUCACCUGCCAGAGAUUCUAUCCGAUGGCUUUCCUGAUGUGUAUCAUAUGGAUAGGCGUGAACUCUUACUUCGUAUCUUGGAGCAUGACUGUUUUGGGUCAUGCUUUCUUCAUACCUGAAUCUGUUAUGGGAAUGACGUUCCUUGCUUUCGGAGGCUGCCUUCCUGAAGCGUGUUCUAUAUUCAUCAUGUCAAGAAAAGGUGAGGGCGGUAUUGGUGUUUCAAACGCGUUGGGCGCUAAUUCAUUAGCGAUAUUGUUCGCACUCGGUCUACCUUGGCUCAUCAAAACCCUGACUCUACUGGUUCAAGGAGCCGACACAGCUGUCACCAUCAAUUCAGUGGGCAUCGACUUCGUGGUCGGCUCAUUACUAGUGGCGGCUUGUCUGUUGUGGAUCUGUUUGUUCAUAGGCAAAUUCAAGCUCAGAAGAAGCCUCGGUUUUGUACUUAUUUGUCUGUAUGUAGUGUUUAUUACCUUCGCAAUUCUUGUUGAAAUGGGUAUUAUACUAGACAGAGAAGUUGCGUUUUAAAACUAUUUUAAUUUUAAGUGAAAUAUUUUAGUGACUUUAGCUUAAUGUUUCGCUUGAGUUAUAAUUUCGCGUACUGUUCGCGCUGUAAUGACAUUUGUCGUUGGGUAUACCGUCGAGUGCACAUCCAAAACAAUUUGUUAAGAACACUGUGAUGAAUGUUGUGUAUAGUAUUUAUGCAAUCAUUGUAAAUAAUAUUGUACAUUUGUAAUUAUUAUACGUCUUUGUAAUGUUUUUAGUAUUUAUAACGUGUGAAGCAAUACGAAACGAUCGUUAAUAUUCACAUAAAACGAUAUUAUUUCAUUUUGUGCAGCGUCAUGUAAGUAAUCAUGAAAGUAGCAGAUCUGAUUAACGUUACGAUUAUGACAACGUGCGAACUGUAUUAAAUAAUACUAUAGUUCAGUGAAAACAAAUCCUUAUCAUAAUAUUUGUACGUGCUAUUCC